UAUCUACUGCUCUCUUUCUCUCUCUAAACCCUUUCGAAAUUUCUCUCUCUCUCUCUCAGACAGACACUAAUUGUCUAAUUCAAAAGUUGAAUGAACAAUGACUCGUCCGUACAGAUUCCUGAAGACCGCCGACAAGCCGAUGACGGUUGCCGAUCCACCUGAGGCAGUAGCCGUCGAGUCAGAUUUCGUUGUCAUCCUCGCCGCUCUCCUCUGUGCUUUGAUCUGUGUUGCAGGUCUCAUCGCAGUAGCUCGUUGCGCAUGGCUCCGUCGCGGAUCCGUCGAUACCAGCAACCGGAUUCCCCGCCAGCGCGCGGCAAAUAGAGGAUUAAAGAAGAAGACGAUUCAAACGAUUCCAAAGUUUACAUAUGAUUCUGACAAGGAAGAUAAAGGCUGCGGGGGAUGUGGAAAGUUGUCUUCGAGUGACUGUGCGAUCUGUCUGGCGGAGUACGUCGACGGCGAUGAGAUCCGUGUGCUGCCGCACUGCGGACACGGAUUUCACGCUGGAUGCAUUGACACGUGGCUGAAUUCUCACUCCUCGUGUCCGUCGUGUAGGCAGAAUCUUGUUGCCACGAGGUGCAUAACCUGCGGUGAAUUGCCACCGUUUUCCACCGGAAAAACUCCAUUGGAGGCGGAAGAUAAAGGUGGAAAGCAUAGUCAUAGCUCUAGUAGUUCAAGUGAAGAUUUAGCAUGACAGUUUCAAAUUUGGAAUGAAAAAAAAAACGGAGAAAUAUAUCAUCCGCCGCUGAUGCUUAAUUCAUCGAUAAAUUAACCUACUUGAUGAUUGUGACGCGGAAAUCAGGGUGAUCGACGGUGUAUGUACGGGUUGUUUGAUCUUUGAACUUUGUAACUUGUUCUGUAGCUAAAGAUAGUUGCAGGGUGGGGACUCCACUUUUUCUCUAGGGCUUUGUGAGAUUAGAGAAUCCAGAACCAGAAGUAGCACAUUGUUUUUCAGUUUUUCCUUCUUUUUCUUAUCUUAUCAUCUUUUUUUCGUCUUUUUGUUUGGCAUUGUAAAAAAAAGGUUAAAUUAGAUCUUGUCAAGUUACAUCACUUUCAUGUUUCAACUUUACUCGAUUUUUCUUUUGGUGAAAUAAAGUGAAAUAUAUAUUAAUCA